AUGAAACCUGCCAAAGCGGCAAUCAGUAGCAUCCGCGUGGCGAAAGGCGUGGCGGAUCAGAUUUUCCUAUCCAAGCUCACCGUCGAUAGCCUGCGCUUCCCCAAGUCAGUCGCCACGGCGGUCCGAGCCGCGGCGACGGAGGCCAAGCUGCAGGUGCCGGAAGCCGGGCCUAAUGGCGAGGUGGCGGCGGCAGACGGCGCUGAUCCCGAAGCGCCGUUGGUCGUGUUUAUAAACUCCAAGAGCGGGGGCAGACUCGGCCCGGAACUGUUUGACGCGCUGAUUACGGAGAUCGGCGCGCUUCAGGUGUACGAUCUGAGCAAGGUCAAGCCGCAAGUGGCCCUCACAACCAUCUUCGGCUGUCUCGAGCGACUGGCGGGGGAGGGCGACGAGGCCGCGUCAAAAGCGCGCCGGAGACUACGGAUCGUGGCAGCAGGGGGCGACGGCACGGUGGGGUGGCUGCUGUCUGUGCUCGAGAAGUUCCCCUCGCCGCCACCCGUUGCCGUCAUUCCGCUCGGCACUGGCAACGACCUCUCGCGAACCUUUGGAUGGGGCCCAUCGUUUUCGUUUCUGGGCAUAGCACUGUUUGAGCAGAUGCUGCUGGGGGUGGUCACCGCACAGCCCUGCAAGCUGGACGGCUGGAGCAUACAGGUGACGCCAUCCCCUGACAUGGACACCACUCAAAUGCACCUGCCAUACGCCAUACACCCACAAGAGACCGCAGGCGAGGCAGCACCAACGUCGUUCCUGGGAAACUUCUACCUUUACUUCAGCAUUGGCAUGGACGCACAGGUGGCACACAGCUUCCACACGCUAAGGGAGAGAAAGCCCUGGCUGGCACGUGGCCGCAUGGCCAACCAGGCCAUUUAUGGAGGGUACGGGUGCACACAGGGAUGGUUCUGCACCUGCUGCUCCACGCAGCCUGAGGCACGGUGUGUGCACAUGAUCGCAACGUUCAGUGUGCAGAAGGCAAAGGACGGCCCAUGGGAGGACCUGGAUUUACCCAAUGAUCUGAGGGCGGUGGUGGUGCUGAACCUGCCCAGCUACGCAGGGGGCAGGAACCCCUGGGGCACGCCCUCUGCUGAUCUCAAUGCUAAGGAGGGCUGGUCGCCUGCACGGCCGGACGAUGGCAUGCUGGAGGUGAUAGGGCUCAAGGGCGGCUGGCACACCAUGGCUGUCAUGGGCAACAUGGCCCGGGGCACCCGCAUCGCACAGGUGCAUGGCAUGCGCAUAGCCCUGAGGGGCGAGCACCGGCGGCUGGCGUUCAUGCAGAUAGACGGGGAGCCGUGGGAGCAGCCGCUCAGUGUGGGCAGCCGCGAGCCCACCAACAUUGAGAUCGUGCCCCGCCCCAUCCAAUCCGAUAUGGUCGCUCCCCCCUCCUGCCGCCUCUUUGCUGCUGCUGCCGCUGCUCCUGCGGAGUAG